AAUUUCUAACCCCUUUUACGCCAUGUUAGUGCGACAGAGAAGGACGGGGAAAGUGGGGAAAAAACGGUGCAAAUCGGGAGAGAAAUGUGGGGAAAAAAACUCCACCAGGAACAACCUGCUACACUCUGGGAAUCAAAGCCUCCUUCAACCCAGGCUCAGCCCCAACCAACCUAAGUCAACUGUCUCAUCACCAAUGGAACUGUACCACUCCCAUUGAAUUUUGAAGUUACUUCCGGGCACUACAUAAACCUGAAAUAAGGAGGAAUCACAAGUGAGCCACACACAGACCCCACGAAGCAGAGAACGCCAACUUCAUGGCUUGACACUGAGACAUCAGGACAACUCCAACUCUUGUGCCAAACCCGGGCGAUGAAGGAAGGAGAAUUCACUGACAUGAGAUGUUGAGUUACCGAUUCCUCGGGCCAAUGUCGAUACAAUGAAACAUCGUGAAAGGUAAUUUCUUUGCUGAAUAGGACUGUGCCUACUUCAGUGGAUCGUUUUUACGUGUCAUCCAAUUUCAGAGAGAUUGGUCGCUUCCUAUCGUUCCUUUGGCUUCAAUAACUGAGGUGAGGUACUGACUAAAGAUGCCGUCGGUUGCAUUUACCGUGAGCUCGAGGUAUGUGACAGAGAACCAAACGGUGGAUCAUUCACAUGUUCAAAGGCAGAUCCUGCCCAUGCAACUAAUGUCAAACACAGCCAGCACCAGCAGCGAGGAGGGUGAAACGUUCAGCUCAACUUCGAUCCCACCUCCUUUGCCUCUCCAGUCCCCGGUAGGAAGUGGGUUGAUCAACAUUGAGGAUGAGAAGGAGCUGACCAUUCCCCACAUAAAACCUCAGAGACGUUUCAUCCCAGACUCCUGGAAAAACUUCUUUCACCGGCAAGUGAGAGACCGUGAGCCUUUGUUUGACUUUGACUUUACCUUGGGGGCAGGGGAAUGCUCCCCGCCAGUGUCUCCCCUCUUGAGUCGUCUCAAGCCGAAAAGCCUAGACCUCCAGAAGUCUGAGGAUGAGUCAAAGUCGGCGACCAAAGAGAAGGACUCCAAUCUUUUCAUUUCAGGGAAAUUUAAUUCCCCAAAAGAGAAUGAAGCAUCGACAUCUAGCGGAACCGUGGAGAAGGAGCCUCUGUCAAGGCAGAGCUAUCAGGAGAUGAUCCAUGUUUAUAAUCUGAAACAUUCCUAUAUGAAGUCUUGGGCAGGUUUGCUCCGGGUACUCGGAGUCAUUCAGAUUCUCUUUGGUGCAAUGGUGUUUGCUUGUAUUUUGGCAUAUAUACAGAAAGACAGUCAAUGGCGCAAUCUACAUGGUGGUGGUUUUAUAAGCUAUGGGUUUGGAAACAGUUAUGGCAAUUACUACGAUGGACCAAAGACCACAUUUGUGCUGGUGAUGGUCGGCCUAGCCUGGAUGGUAACUGUGGGUCUCCUGGUCAUUGGUCUGACUUUGUAUUACAGGACCAUUCUCCUGGACUCCAAUUGGUGGUCUAUCACCGAGUUCGCCAUAAACCUCUGCCUCUUUGUUCUCUAUCUGGCGGCCGGCAUCGUCUACAUCAACGACCUCAAUCUAGGAGGCAUCUGCUAUACCAUCAUGGCCAAUAACCCGCUGUACAGCCAGCUGUGCCGUGUGGAGGGCGGGCAGAGUGGGGCUAUCGCCUUCCUCUUUGUCAACAUGGUCCUGCACCUGGUCAGCGCACUCGUGUCCCUGAAGGUGUGGCGUCACGAGCAAACCAGGAGGGAGAGGGAAGCGCUCAAGAACAAGAGCGCGUCCGCUGCAGGAGGUCGGAAGACGCUAUUUUCCCCAGGACCCUUCGCUUCCCGGGAUUGUGUUUCCCGCACACGGCCCCUGAGAGGGCGAGUGGGCAAGUUCAGGGAAGACGCAGCUGGCACUCUGAACUCAGCCAUUCCUGCCGGGCACAUCCCGAGGCCACACAUCGUACCAGACUACGUCACCAAGUAUCCGAAGAUUGAGAGCAUGGAUGAGAGGGAGCAGUACAAGGCUGUGUUUAAUGAUCAAUAUGCGGAGUACAAGGAGCUUCACAUUGAGAUCCACCUGACACUGAGAAAGUUCCAAAAGUUGGAGCAAAUGAUCGAAGCUCUUCCCCGUUACACAGAAAGUCAACAGGAACACAGAAGAAUCACAAAUGUGCUGGAACAGUACAAGAGGAAAAAAAAUGACCCAUCGUUCCUGGAGAAGAAGGAGAGGUGCACCUAUCUGAAGAACAAGCUCUCGUACAUUAAACAACGAAUCCAGGAGUACGAUUUAGCUUCCAGCUCACAGGACAAUUACUGCCUGAGAUUGGGAUUAGCUGGUACCAUGUACGACAGGAGACCCUCGGAGAACCCCCCUGAAUACAGCCCACCCAGUCAUUUCAGCCAACCCGUAGGAUAUGGACACACUUCGGACAGGUAUGAGUACGAUGUACACUCGCCCCCACCAGGAUCUUACUACAUUGAAGAUAUCCCUACCCAGCACUUUUACAAAUGGAGUUCCGCACCAGGGAUCAUCCGCAUCUUAGAAACAAUCAUCAUAGUCCUGUGCCUCGGCAUCUUUGCCUGUGUAGCUUCCACCCUGGCUUGGGAUAUGAACUACUAUGGAAGCGGUUUAGGAAGUGGAAGUGGUUUUGGGAUGAAUUACUAUGGAGGAGGAGGCAUUGGAGGAAAUAGCUACUAUAGUGGAGGCAUUGGAGGAAGUGGCUACUAUGGUGGAGGCAUUUAUUCUGGUUUGGGCACAGACCCCAGAGCAGCCAAAGGCUUCAUGAUCGCCAUGGCGGCCAUCAUCUUCAUCGCCGCCCUGGUCUUCCUUGUCAUGAGCAUCAACAAGUCCAGCACCUCGAGGAGCCGGAGGUUUUACUUGCUGAUGAUAAUAUUCAGUGGGGUCUUCGCUGGGCUGGAGCUGAUCGCCUCCAUUGUGUAUAUCAUGGGAGUGAAUCCCACGGCCAGUGCCGGCACCUCCUCCUACAGCCAAAUCCGAAUGCUCUGCGCACAGUUCAACACACCUGUUGGAGGUGGGCUUCUCAUCAAUCAGUAUCUCUACCACUACUGCGUGGUGGAACCCCAAGAGGCAGUCGCAAUAGUUUGCGGAUUCCUGGUUUCCAUGACCUUUGGCCUUAUCUGCUUCUUCGCCCAAAGAGUUCGGCACAAGAUAUGGAAAUACGGGAAACCCAACAUCCUCUGGGAUAAACCUUUUGCUGAAGAAGAGGUUGGUCCCAAUGUGGAGGAGUGGAUCAAGACUGUUCCCGACGCAGAUCAGGAUGAAACAGAAACUCUCCCGUAUUCCGAUAAGCAUCCCUACAUGGUCCACCUACCCAGCGUAGAUGGGUACAACUCUCAACAAGCCUACUACCACUCGGAAAACUACAAGGGCAACGAGGUCUUUAGCUCCACCGCAUCGGUGGACACUGGGAAAGAAACACAGAACAGGCCCCUGGCUAAAGGCAGAAGGAGGAGCCAACAUGGAAAGGAAGAGGAGUUUCUGUCCGAGACCGAUUACACUACAGGGGCCGAAUCCAGCAAUGAUAUCAAUGAGGAAUGGGACAGCUUAUACCCUCCCAUAACCUCCGACCCCAUCCGCCAGGAAUACAAGCGGGAGUUUGACCUGGACCAUCGCGAGUACAAGCAGAUCUGCAGCGAAAUGGACGAAAUCAAUGACCAGAUCAACUUCCUGAGCAAGAGGCUGGACGUCAUGUCUGAGGACGGCUCCGAGUAUCAGGGAGCUGCUGAGGAAUAUAACAGACUAAAGAACCUGAAAAAGACCUCGGAGUAUCAGACCAAGCGUCUGAAGAGCAGGCAACUGAAGAACAAGCUCUCACACAUCAAACAGAUGGUGAGCGAGUACGACCAGCAGAGAGGAUAGGAUCCAGACUCUUCCCCUUCCCCCUCCCUCCCCCAGGCCCCCUCUCCAUCCCUUACUCCAGCAGGAAAGAAAAUAUUCCCUCCAUUUUAUGGCAGCGAUUCCCAAAAAAAAGAGAUCAAAAUAACUCUGCGUGCGUCCUGGCUGCAAGAAAUUGACCAAAGGAGCUGAGAAUGAGAGAUUGUCCGAAUUUAACACCAAGAGCUGAGCAGAGGUCCCUCCUGGACGAUCUCUCACUUCUGUUGGCUCCACCAGAGAAUAUGCUCUGGAGUGGAUCAGGAUUGCACCAACAAUGGUUCCUCUUCACUUGGCGUGGGUCCCUUGGACUGUAAGUACCGACAAUGAACAGGAGAGACAUCCCUUCCCACCCACCUCAAGCCUGGAUGACCGAAGAGUCAGUCCAUCAACCACAACAAAUUGCAUCUAUGUAGUGCCUUUCACAUCGGAAGGAAGACCCGAAGAGUACUAUACCUCCAGUGCUCCAUCCCCGCAUUCGCAGAAAAGCUUUGAACUCAGACUAUCCUGACCAUUGAUCGAGUCCGCCAACGUUUGUGCUGCCGGAGAUUUUUUUGUGAAUCGUUUUUUUUUUUUUUAAAAUUGUUUUACCGCUUUCUAACGCUGAAAUCUGAAGGGUUUAGAAAUGAUUGUGCAUUUGAUUGAUUUUCAGGUCAUAGUUGAGAGAGCCUGGUUGAAUUGGCCAGGUGGGUGAUAAGGAGGCAACUCGUGCAGAAUUGGUCCUAAACAGUUU